GUCUCAAACAUCAUCUUCACUGUAAACGAGUGGAGAAAAAGUACAGAUAGAGAGAGAGAGAGUAAUAAGGUGAAAUUUAUUACUGACGUUUUUCUUGCCCUUAUGAAGAAAAAAAGGAGAUAAUCAUAAACUAAAAAACAAACCCCAUUCGACUCGUACGACUACACCUUCCAAUUGACUCCACCACCCUUUUCACAUCUUCUUUUAUCAUCAGAUCUAUUUGCUCUCUCUUCCAGAUCUGGGCGUCUCUUCUUCGAAUUCAUCAUCAAGUUUCUGUUAGAUCCAAUCCUCACCUCUUUGUAGAAACCCCUCACUGGAUUUUUGAUCAGGGUGUUAUGAACUCGUAGAGGAGCAGCUCAAAAACAUUUGAAAAAAAAUGGGAAACAUCAAAUUUGGGAGGUUUGAUUCAGUUUGUGGAAUAAAAGAGGGGAAAUAGGAGUAUUUCAUCGGAUCAAAAUAGCGUUGAUUAUUUUAUUCUUUAGCAAGUGAUUCUGAGAAGCUCCGAAUUUUAUAGGAAUUCGGAUACUUUAUUUGGUGGAAAAAAUGGAAGAGGUUGGUACUCAACUAGCUCCUCCUUUAUAUAUGUACAACACAAUCGGUGCCGGAAGAUUUCCCGAUGCCCAUCCGAUGGCCAAGAAACGAAGCCUGCCGUAUCAAAACCCAAACCUUAUUCAACAUCAGCAACAACAACAGUAUCUACAAAGGUUAAUCCCAACUUUAAAUGAGCCACGGAACAGUUGGAACCCUAAAAAUUGGGAAUGGGAUAGUUCAAGACUCGUGGCUAAACCCUUGGAUAUGAUGGAGAUUUCUAGAGAACAGCAACAACAACAACAACAACAACACCAUCAUCAAACUGCUGUUAAUCCUCCCAAUCCCGAUGGGUCAAAGAGGAGUCCAGUUGGUCAAAGGGAAGAAGACGAACGCCUCUUGUUGAAGCUUGGUGGUGGCGAGGAGGCAGCGACCAGGCCUAGCAAAAGGGUCCGAUCUGGUUCACCUGGUAGUGGUUGUGCCGGGAAUUAUCCAAUGUGUCAAGUUGAUAACUGCAAAGAAGAUCUAUCCACUGCUAAAGACUACCAUAGGCGUCACAAGGUUUGUGAGGUUCAUAGUAAAGCUGGAAAAGCCCUAGUUGGAAAACAGAUGCAAAGAUUCUGUCAACAGUGUAGCAGGUUCCACCCUCUUUCUGAGUUUGACGAGGGGAAGAGAAGCUGUAGGCGUAGACUUGCAGGUCACAACAGGCGAAGAAGAAAGACACAGCCAGAAGAUGUUGCUUCACAGUUAUUAAUCCCUGGAAAUGGUGAUAAAAAUGGCGCCAAUGACAUGGAUAUUGUUGGUUUGCUAACAGUUUUAGCUCGUGCUCAAGGAAAUGCAGAGGACAUGAGCAGGAAUUCUUCACCAUUACCUAAUAAAGAUCAGCUUAUGCAAAUUCUCAACAAAAUAAACUCUUUGCCUUUACCGGUUGACCCAGGGUCAAAGCAACCAGUUCCUGGAAGCUUGACUAAUGUUGACCAAGAGAAAACCUCUUCCGAGGUUCAAAAAGUCAACAAAAAAACCAGUUCAUCGACAAUGGACUUUCUUGGUGUUCUUUCAGGCUCUUCGGAUGCACCUGAACCAUUGUCACAAAAAAGGAACCAAGUGAUUGAGGCUGAUAAGAACAAGACUAACUCUGGUUGUGUUAACCAAACCAUGGUUCAUUCUGGAGGAGAGAGAAGCAGCACUAGUUUUCAGUCUCGUGAGGAUUCAGAUUGUCAAGUGAUGGACACACCUCUUAAUUUACAGUUACAGCUGUUCAGUUCUUCACCUGAAGAUGAUAGUCCACCUAAGCUAGCAUCAAGCAGGAAGUAUUUCUCAUCUGACAGUAGUAAUCCAAUGGAAGACAGGUCACCAUCAUCUUCGCCACCUGUCGUGCAAAGGCUUUUCCCAACAAAAGCUUCAAGAGAGAGAAUGAAGCCUGAAAGUAUGUCUACUAGUGGUGAAGUUACUGCAAAUGUUAAAGCCACCAUGUCUCUGGAGCUUUUUGGAGGGAUGAAUAACGGUGCUGAUAAUGUUUCCAUUCAAAGCUCACCUUACAGAGCUGGGUACACGUCAUCAUCUGGUUCUGACCAAUCACCUUCCAGCUUAAAUUCUGAUCCUCAGGAUCGAACCGGGCGAUUAUCGUUUAAACUGUUUGACAAGGAUCCGAGUCAUUUGCCUGGGUCACUACGGACACAGGUUUACAAUUGGCUUUCUCAAAGUCCAUCAGAGAUGGAAGGAUACAUAAAGCCUGGUUGUGUGGUUCUCUCAAUUUAUUUGUCCAUGUCAUCGUCUUCUUGGGAUCAACUUGAAGAAAACUUUCUUCAGUAUAUCAAUGCUCUUGUUCAAGAAUCUGGUACUGAUUUCUGGGGAACCGGAAGAUUCUUAGCACAUACAGAAAAGCAAAUAGCUUCACAUAAAGAUGGCAAGGUCCAUUUGUUCAAAUCUUUGAAAGCAUGGAGUUCACCACAGUUGAUUUCCAUUUCACCUCUAGCUGUUGUAUCUGGAAAGGAGACUUCUUUUGUCCUAAGAGGCCGAAACCUAAGGACACCUGGCACCAAAAUCUAUUGCACACAUGCGGAUGGAUGUAUACUGGAGGAAGCAACAGAAUCAACAGAUCAAGGUUCUACAUAUGAGGAAAUUAGCACACGUAGGUUCACAAUUUGUGCACCUAGUGAACGUGGUCGAUGUUUCAUCGAGAUCGAAAACGGUUUCAGAGGUACGAGUUUUCCUAUAAUCAUUGCGGAUUCUACACUCUGCCAAGAAUUGAACCUUUUGGAGGCUGAAUUUGGUGAGGUCCAAAAUAGGCAACCAAGUUUGGUGAAGGAAACCAUACACUUUUUAAAUGAGCUUGGAUGGCUUUUCCAAAAAAAAAAUGGUGGAUCCGGAUCUCAUUAUAGUCUCACUCGAUUCAAAUUCCUUCUUGUGUUCUCGGUUGAAAGAGAUCUGUGUGGUUUAGUGAAAACUCUUUUAGGGAUUCUUCUUCAAAAAGGCUCCGGGGGCAUUACAGAAGAUGAUUCAUCAAUGGAGAUGCUAUAUGCAAUUAACCUUUUAAACCGGGCUGUUAAGAGAAAAUGCAAAAACAUGGUGGAUUUGCUCAUACAUUAUUCAGUAGUUGGGGACACAGAUACGGAUUCUGCUGCUGCUUCCAGAAAGUACAUUUUCCCGCCAAAUCUAGCGGGACCCGGCGGCAUCACCCCCUUGCAUUUGGCUGCUUGCACUAGUGAUUCGGAUGAAAUGGUUGAUGCCUUGACAAACGACCCGAAUGAGGUUGGGUUGCUGAGCUGGAAUUCUUCCUUGGAUGCAAACGGGCUGUCACCAUUUGUAUACGCGACCAUGAGAAACAACAACUCAUACAACACUUUAGUGGCACAAAAACUUGCAAACAGGAUAGCGGGUCAAGUCUCUGUACAUAUCUCAAACGAGAUAGAGCUUCAAACCGCAAGGAGGGUUGACCAUGUUGACCACCAUGAGCUUAGUUUCAGAGUGAGGGAUCAUCACGUGGGCACAAAAUCUUGUUCAAAAUGCGCAAUUGUAAGAGCAAAACACCCGAGAAGAAUCCCGGGUUCACAAGGGUUGCUUCAUCGUCCGUAUAUCCACUCCAUGCUUGCAAUAGCUGCGGUUUGUGUAUGUGUGUGUUUGUUCCUUCGUGGGGCCCCCAAUAUCGGUUUGGUUGCUCCGUUUAAGUGGGAGAAUUUGAACUUUGGUUCAAUGUAAGAAAGAAAGAAACAUAUGGCACCACCUAUGAAAAAGAAUAAGUAGAGUUGAUUAGAGAGAGCAUAAUUUAACUUUUGGGAAAGGUGAAUAAGAAAAACGGGAUCAUUGAUAACAUUGCAUGAGAUAACGACGGUUUUUGUCCCCUGUUCUUGGUCUUUUACGUUCAAGUUCUUAUUUGAAACCGAAUGGAGACUUGUAGUAAGUAACAUCAGGGGCAGAUAAGACAAUUGUGUCUUCUGGUUGAUGUUAUUAACCGUGGCUGACUUGUUACUAGUAGUUAUUGUCUUUCAAGUAUGUAAG